AUGGCGUGCGCCGGCGGAGGCUCCUGCUACGGCGACGUUUACGAAAACUGGAGCGAGGUUCUCUCCGACAUCAACCCGUACGCGUUUGCCUUUGUCGGCACCGGCCUCGCCAUUGGCCUGUCCGUUCUCGGCGCCGCGUGGGGAAUCUUCAUCACGGGCUCGUCGCUGCUCGGCGCCGCCGCGGUGGCCAUCUAUGGCGUCAUCGUCUCCAUCAUCUUGCAGUCAAAGAUCGAGCACAACGAGCCCGCAGGCACCGCGGGGGUUUGCUGCGGGAUCGGCAACCUCGCUUGCGGCGUGUGCGUUGGAAUCUGCGGCAGCGGAUGCGCGCUCGCCGAUGCCCAAAACGGCGCGCUGUUCGUCAAGAUCCUCGUCAUCGAGAUCUUCGCCUCGGCGCUGGGCAUCUUCGCCAUCAUCGUGGCGAUCAUCAUGUCCACCACAGCCAGCUUCAAGGUCGAGUAGAGUGGCGGCGGCGGCGGCGGCGGCAGUGGCGUGCCCGCGACGCUACACCCCGCCACCUGGCGGCGGGCUCGCCUAGACCCGCGCUAUCCGCCCCUUCCCUCGCCCCCGUCUCUCGAAAGCUCCCGUACAACUCGUACCCAGAUUCCGGCGGCCCUCGCAUUGGCAUUGGCCUGCGCCCUCCGCCCUCGUCUGCGACGGCUCUGGGCUGCCGCGGGGCGGCACUGUCACAGGGGUUUGUGUUUGUCGAGCGUUGCGCUGCUAGCUGCGGGGAGCGCGGUCGUCGUUGCGCCCCCCACAACCACACGCGCAGCUCAUAAACCAUA